UCUCCAAGAUAGGAUAAUAUAGGACGAAAGUUGAGGUUGCCGAUCGACUCCUGCAGCCCUCACCUUCUCUCUCUGUCUCUCUCUCGCUCAAAGCUCUAACAUGGAGCACAGGACCUUAGAAAUCAAUGUCAUCUCUGCCAAAGACCUCAAAGAUGUGAACCUCUUCUCCAAAAUGGACGUAUACGUCGCCGUAUCGCUCACCGGAGACUCACAAAACAAGCAAAAAGCCAAAACCAAAGUGGACAGAGACGGUGGCACUAGCCCCUCCUGGAACUUCCCCAUGAAGUUCACCAUCGGCGAGUCUGCAGCAAAGCAAAACCAGCUGACCCUCGUCUUCACACUCCGCUGCGACCGCACCCUCGGCGACAAAGACGUUGGUGAAGUCUAUGUCCCUGUCAAAGAGCUUCUCGACUCCGCCGGAGACGGCAACUCCAUGCAGUUUGUGAGUUACCAGGUGAGAAAACCCUCGGGAAAUCCCCAAGGCGUGUUAAACAUCUCCUACAAGUUUAGCGAGAAAGUGGCUUAUUCUUCGCCAAAGGCUGAUCAGGCUCGUUAUGAGCCUGUCACUGCUUAUCCGGUCGGGCCUAGUGCGCCGCCGUCUAAUGGUUCAUAUCCUCCGCCUCCUCAAGGAGGAUAUUCAUAUGCCACCGCAGCACCGCCACCGCCAUACCAAGCAUAUGGUGCAUACCCACCACCCCAGCCGGGUUAUGGGUACCCGCCGCCUCAACCGGGUUAUGGGUACCCGCCUCCACCGGUGCAGCAACCGAAGAAGAAGAACAAGUUUGGGAUGGGUUUGGGAGCUGGACUGCUAGGAGGAGCGCUUGGAGGCCUACUGAUUGGAGAUUUGGUGUCCGAUGGUGGUGAUUUUGGAGGAUGUGAUGGAGGAUUUGAUGGUGGAUUUUGAUUUUUCUAGUGCUUUUGUGAGAGUAAUUUUCUUGGUUGGUUUUGUGGAAAAGGUAGGUUUUGACAUUUUUCUUAAUCUUUCAUUUUUAUUUUUAUUUUCCUUUUUUCAUGUUGCUUAGGAAUUAAAAAACAUGUGACAUCAUGUUUUAAGAUCUGUAUUCUUACUGUUAAUUUACAAAUGCUUUGGUAAUGGUUAGGCAGAAUACUGUGGUUGUGGUUGAUUUUUCUCUGUAUAUGUAACUAAAGUUGGAUAAUGGACACUUCUGCAUAUUUUAUGUU